CCGACUUUACAGACAACCAAUUGUUUCGUUACUUGUACGCCUCCAGAAACUGGUGAGAAAUGCGCGAGACAGAAGCGACUCGGGCGAAUCUGGCGGUGUGGAGUUCCACCCGAGGUCGGCGGGGCUAGUUUUGACAGCGGUGGCAUCUGGCGGCGUGGCGUGUGAAACAGCUCGGGAGCGACGCAGUGGUAGUUGGCCAGUGUGUCGGCCGCGAGCAGCAGGUUGAGACAGCGGGACAGCCUAGUGGACUGAUGGCCGCCAGGGCGCGCAGUGAGUGUUAGCGGCAACACCAUGGCCGCAGCGUGUCUGCAACACCACAGGCCCGCUCCAACUGCAGUAGAUCGCUUCGUAUUCUACCUACACGAAACAAACAACUUGAGUAACGACUUCUCUGUCUCAAAGCGGGAUUUCUACCAUGCCUUGCAUGAUUACCAGCCACGCUACCACUGGAACAUACCUCCAUUCGGUGUUCUGGCUCUGCUACUCAAGUUCAAGAUCGUGAAGCAUUUGAGGAAUGGCGAAGAUACGAGCAUUAUUAGGUUUGAUGCUAACAAAAUCAUUCCAGUGAUUAAUAAUUUGAAGAAAUCUUCAAAAGAUGGCGCCCCGCCGCCCCUGGACGCCCGGGUGACGCAGCCGGUGGAGCAGGUGCUCGUCAGCCAGCAGACUGCGUUCCGCCCCAAGCAGCGGAGGAGGCCGGCGGUCAGCGGCCUCAGGUGCGAGGUCUGCCAGGAGACCUUCGCCUCCGAAGCCACGCGCGACGCCCACAAGCAUGGGGACCUGCACCGCCUGCGGGAUGCCUUCAGGAGCAACAAGAAAAGCCUGCUUGCCUCGAAGAAACUGUCGGUGUACAGCAGCAAGGACAGCAAGGACGCCACGGAUCGGGAGAUCCGGGUCGCCAGGAUCGGGGAGGAGGGAACCUUGAAGCUGUACGUGGCCAACGUCUCUCAGAGCGCGAUACGCGUGGAGGCCGUGAUACCUCUGGCCAGUGUGCCUGAAGUGGAGACGAGAUACACCGGAGUUCCUCUCAGCUUAACGCCGGGUACAACAGUACCAUUGUGGCUGCCGUAUAAAUUUACCAGUUGCGGAUCGUAUCUCUACCCGCUUGUGCUGAAGUUUUGCGACACGUCUCUGAACGAUGUGUGUUACCUGCUCAAGGAAAUAGUGUUUGACUGCCAGUCGGAAGCUGUGGACGACCUGAAACCGGUUUCCAAGUUCAAGCGAGCCCGGCCGUCCAAGUUCAGGGUUUUCGAGGGUCCGAUUGUCACGGGCGUGGCUCCACCACCAACCAGGACAGGUCUGGCCAUGCUGCGGUUACUGCCGCAGAGUCCGAUACCCGUCCACCUGCGGGUGCUGCUGAACCACGGGCUGAAGGCGUACCCGGGCAUCAGCGACAGCUUACAGCGGGAGCUCAGGGAACUGAAGGAUCUCCUCGGACUGGACGAACAGGCAGAGACGGUCGCGAGGUGUGUCCCGCGACCGGAGACGUACUGCAGCUUGUACUCCACCCUUCUGCACAUCGAAGAGCACCAGAUGGACAUCGACAUCAGGAACUACGACUGUGACGGGAAAGUCCUCAAGAAAGUUAAAGGGUCUCCACUCCUCGCGUUAGAUGUGCCGGGAUUGGCUGAAAAGAGGCCGUCGGUACUGAAAGGAGACAGCAUCAUGGUUGUGUUGGAAGGCGACGCUAAAAAGGUUCAGUACGAGGGACGAGUCCACAACAUUCGUGAGACGGAGGUGCACCUUGGCUUCCACGACAGUUUUUGCAGUUUGUAUGUGGAAGGGAUGAAACUACAUGUCCAGUUCAAGUACAAUCGCUACCCUCUGCAAGUGGAGCACCGAGCACUGAGCAUCCUUAAAAGUGGUAACGGAGAGAGCUUCAUGUUGCCCAGACAACGUGUGGGGCUGACGGAGCCAGUAGUGCCCAUAAGGCUGUGGAAGAACCGCAACUUGGAGAACAACGAACCACAGAUGAGGGCGGUGACCAACAUCGUGAACAACACUGCGUAUCCUGCUCCGUACAUUGUGUUCGGGCCACCAGGCACCGGCAAGACUGUCACCAUCGUUGAGGCCAUAGUGCAGCUGUGGGAUCGCCACAAGUCUGACGGAAAGAAACACAUCUUGGUGUGUGCCCCGUCGAAUGCGGCUGCUGAUGUCAUAGCGCUCCGGCUCCUGAACUACGUCCCGCCGAGCUCCUUCAUACGGCUCUACGCUUCCUCCUGCUUCUUUGCCGCUGUCCCCGAAGCUCUGAGGAAGAACUGCAACUUCGACGAGAGAGGGUUGUGCUUCUACCCCACCAAGGAGAAGAUCAUGUCCUACUCGAUUGUCAUUGUCACCCUUGUCACCGCUGGCAAGCUGGUGGGGGCUCGCGUCCCGGCCGGGCACUUCUCCCACGUGUUCGUGGACGAGUGCGGCCACGCGGUGGAGCCCGAGCUGCUGGUGUCCGUCGCGGGGCUGCUCGUGGGGGAGGGGGCCUCGGGGCCGGCUGGCCAGCUGGUGCUCGCCGGCGACCCCCAGCAGCUGGGCCCCGUCCUGCGGUCGCCCCUCGCCAUCGACCUGGGCCUCGGCAUGUCAUUCCUGGAAAGACUGAUGGUGGAUGGAUAUUUGUACAAGAGGCGUGUCGAUGACAAUCAGUACGAUCCUGCCGUCCUGACGAAGUUGGUGAAGAAUUUCAGAUCUCAUGAAAGUAUUCUAGCAGUAUCCAACAGCCUCUUCUACGACAACGAGCUGCAGGUUUGUGGCGGUCCAGAGAUAUCCGUAGCCUGCAAGUGGGGUGAGCUACCGAAGAAGAACUUCCCUGUCAUAUUCCACGGAGUCACAGGUCGAGACGAGCGGGAAGCCAACUCUCCCAGUUUCUUUAACGUGAUGGAAAUUGAUGUGAUUCUUCAGUACCUGAACAAACUAUUUGAAGAUCGCCUGAGUGGGCGGAAAAUUACGCAAAAAGAGGUUGGCAUCGUAACGCCAUACCGGAAACAGGUGGACAAGACGAGGGCUGCCCUGAAGAAGAAGAACUGGACGAGCGUGGACGUGGGCACGGUGGAGCAGUUCCAGGGCCAGGAGCGGCUGGUCAUCUUCAUCUCGACCGUGCGCUCGUCCGUGGAGUUCGUUCCCGACGACUACAAGUUCCAGCUGGGGUUCCUCAAGAACCCCAAGAGGCUGAACGUGGCGCUGACGCGGGCGAAGGCGCUGCUGGUGGUGGUUGGCAACCCGCACAUCCUGCAGUGCGACCAGCACUGGCGGGCCUUCAUCGCGCACUGCCGGGACCACGGGGCGUACCGCGGCGUGCCCCUCGCGGCAGAGGAGCCGUCCGCCGUCCAGGAGCUGGCCAACGGCGUGGCGCGCCUGCGGCUCAACCCCGAGGAGGUGGCUUUGCAAGAAGAUGGACCCAAUUGGCGCGGCGAGAUGUGAAGACUGUUCCUUUGUGCUUGCGUGCUGAAUGCCGUACGCAAUAAUUUUUUUAAUAAAAGUCUACAAGCGUGUUCUUUUAUGUAAUUGAAAAAUGAUUUUUAUUAACUUGUAUGAUAGUCAUAGUGAAUACCAAAACAUUUAAAUAUGGUUACUUGGUUUGUAAAAAAUAUUUUUAUACUUUCCACGUAGUUAGUUUUUUUUUUAUGAUUAAAAAAAAUACAUAUCAUCAACAGUUCUGGUCACAUGCAAGAGCUAAGUUUAUUAAAGCUAUUUCAUUAUAAGAUGGAUGAUUGGUGUUAAAAAUUUGAGGUACAAUUGAUGUUUUUUUGUUUUUAGUAGUAACAUCAAAACACUUGUGUUUAGCACCUCAUUUCGCAUUUUAUGUAGGUGUGAAAUUUAAUGAUCGGUAAAUUUUGGGAAUAUUAUAAUUGUACUAAUACAAGGAAACAUCAUCUAAACUUGCGUAGAGUCCCUGCAUUUGUAUUAGAAAUAUUGCUUUAAAGUGGGGAUUUUAGAAUUGUGCGCAUGGGAUCUGAGGUAUUUUGUCACUAUGUGUAGAUGCUGAAUGAUUUCAUUAAGCAUGUAUAGCAACUUAACUUCAGAUUUAUAAUUAUUUGAAUGCUUUUUUUUUUUUCCUAAGUAAAGAAUUUUUAUUUACUGUUAAAAAAAAUUGUUACUCUAGCAAUGUAGUGAUCUUUCCAUAUGUUAUAACAUGACAGUGUAAGAACAUAUAUAACAGUGAAAGGCCUCCGAAUGGUGGCAUAGUGCGGUGUGUUUGUAGAACCUAGAUACUGGUGCUCGCUGGCAUGUGAAUAACCACCUGACAACCCAAUACACACGUACUUUGUCCCUGGGCGAACCAUGUAUCAGCCCUCCUUGUGUGGACUAUGUACCCAUUUCACUUCUGUUUUGUGUAUUUUUUUAACUCUUGAACUUUAAGUAAUGGUUUGUUUUUCCUAUUACGUCCUCUCUUAAAAGGGGUGUACGAUAAUAAGGCAUUUUCCAACUAAAUGUCUAAAUCUGAAUGGACCGUAUUCAGUAUGAAGUAACUAUGCUCUUUCCAGCACAGUGACGAAUGCGAUACUUUACUGAUCCGCAGUUGUGACCUAGGUUAUAACUAGAGCGUUGGCAACACAUUUCCACUUGAGUAACCAUCAUUCAGCUGUUCCAAAAAUAAAUUUUUCAUGGUAAUAAAAGGGGUUGGCACGUAACACUUGUGGGGACUAAAUGCAAGUAUAUCUGGUAGUAAAAAGGAAGGCAAAAUAAGUCAAGAGUUCCCACGGACAGGUACACAGGAAAAACUCUGGGAACGGAAGGGUGUCUUAAAAUCCUAAAAAAGAAAAGAUCUAGGGAAAUGGAUCAAUUUUUAUUACCAAACUGUAUCAGAAAUUUUUCAUUCUAUGUAACAUGUUAAUGCCUUAAAACCAGUAUGUAACUCAAAUCAUAAGUUUGUGUUACCGUAAUAAUCAGCAUCUGGUUUUUUACUAACAUCAAUAAACAUGAAGGAUACAAAACUGUAUUAAUUUAAAGUACAAUAAAAUAUCUGUAGUCUUUCACAUUAUCAUAAUUCAAAAACUUAUUUCAAUGUUUGAGUGAACAAAUAAUUAUUUGUCUUUUUUUUAUACUGGCAUUGUUGUUUAUGGAGUGUUUUUGGAAAUUGUUAAAAGUACAGCCUGUUUGUUAUACACUUUAUUGUAAAUUCUGCAUAUUAUGUAUGUUUGUUGAUGUUUAUUGUUAAUAUAUCUUAUGUUGCCAGAUCUUGAUAGAUCUUGUUAAGUUUUAAGUGGAACAGGGGAACAAAGAAAAACGCAUGAAGUUAAUAAUGGUUUGGGAACCACUUUACAUUCCGUACAUUACUGUUAUUAACACUUCACUUGGAUUAUGGAAAUGUUCUCCAGGUGCUGUGAUGAGAGUACAUGACUAUUUUCUCAGUGAUUUUUCAAGUGAUCUUUGUGAGCAAUGUUAGGUGAGAAUUUUUUAAAGGCAUGUUAGAAAUGUAUAGUGUCAUUUUAUAGUUGUUUUGUAACUUUUUUGUGAUGUGUGGCCUACAAAAUAAAAAUUUGUCUUAAAUAUGAAAUACCCAAAGAUAUACAUUUCAUUGCAAAUAAAUAUUUUAGUUACCUUAUUCAUUUGUUUUUAAUGUCCAUAUGGGGACAUUUGUGUCACCACUUUGUUUUGGCGGUAAGUUUAGGGGGGGUAGGAGGGGGGGGGGGGAGAGAGAAAUUACAACAGUCUAAAAUUUUUAUUUGUGGUAAAAUGUUUUAAAUAUACAAUAUUUGAAACUUAAAAAAGUACCAUUGAAAACAAUUUACUGAAUAAAAGAAUGUAUUUCGUGCUCUGUUAUGUGUCCAACUUGAUUAGCAAGGUUAAAAAAAUGUUAUUUUAAAUACGUAGAUGGCUUCUAAGAUUGUUCUGUUUAGAGUAAGUGAUGAGAGCAUGUGAUUUCUUUUAGUCCGAAUACUUUAGAAAUUUUUUUUAUUUGUUUUACUUUUAAAAUUCUGAAUAAAGAGUUUGUUUUAA